AUGGCAUGCGCGUCGUCAGAGACUGGAGACCAAACCGACAUUCCAGGGCCUUUAGGAUGUAAAUACGAUGACUCUCUCACAGAGUUGCAAAUUCAGCUGGUUGUACCAGGUAUCAAAGAGAAGACUUUUAUGAAAGCCUCAAACACACAAGUUUUCCUAAAGAGUGAUACAACGAGUCUUAGUUGCAACAUCGAGAUUAUCAAAGUCAAUAAACGAACGAAACCGCCGACGAAAACGGUUAUAGAUAGGCGGCAUUAUGAGGUGGAGAAGUUCCCUGGUGAAAUAUCCGAUGUGUCCUUCCGAUUGAAGAAGAACUGCUGUGUUCUCAUCGUUCGCAAAAAGUCACCUCAGUCAUGGGCGAAUACGAUGAGUCAGUGCGGGUUCUAA